UAGGCGUUGAUAAAUAGAGUUUUGAGCAGAGAAACCCCCAGAGUUAACGCUAGAAACCAGCUCCCUCUGUCCACCAAGGCGGCCGCCAUGAUGGCUCUAGUCUGGUUGUGUAUCAAUUGAAAACUUUAUUGACAACUCUUUCUGCAAACCAGGAAGUCCACUUCCAUACUUGCAUACUUGUUUGACUUCAACUUUUUAAGUCAAAACGGGAGCAAAAUGAACCCAAUGUUGCGGCGCUGUACGCUGCGGCGCCUCUCAAACUGGAGAGAUCUCCAUGUUGGCACGCCGGCGGCGACUUUUGACGUGAGGAAAGUCGAAUUAACUCCACUGGAGCAGCGAAAGCUUACGUUCGACUCUCACGCCAUGAUGACAGAGCUGGCCAGUAGUGGUUUGGAAAAGCACCAGGCGGAACUAAUCGUCUCCGCCCUUGUGACUUUGGCUACAGCCAACUUGGACAUCGUCUAUAAGGACAUGGUAACCAAGUCGCAUCAGGAAAUUGCAAUGCAGCAGAUCAUGGCCCACCUAGACGCCAUCAGGAAAGACAUGGUGAUCCUGGAGAAAAGUGACUUUGCCAACCUGCGCUCCGAGAACACGAAAAUGAAGCGAGAACUGGAGCAGCUGCAGAACCGACUGAAAGAGGAGAGUCAAAAGGUUAAAGCAGAAACUAAAUUGGACAUCAACCUGGAGAGAAGCCGUGUUUCUGACAUGUUUACAGAACAAAACCGAAAACUCAUGGAGGCCAGCACAGAAUUUCAUCAAAAGAGAGCAGAACUAGAACAUGACAAUAUGGAGACCAGCAAGAAGAUGGACCUGCAGGUGGCGUCACUCAAAACAGUCCUGGAGUCACUCAAGCUGGAGACCAUACGCUACCUCGCAGCGACCGUUUUCUCCUGCCUGGCCAUUGCUCUCGGUGUUUACCGGCUGUGGAGGUGAAGAAUCUUCAAGCCUGUCACCAGCCAGAAAGUUUUAAAGUCAGUUUUAAAAUCUACACCAGUGAUGUGGUACAAGUUUACACUUUCACGAACUUUACUGUUGUCAAAUCAGAAGACAAACACAAUAUUUCGGAUCACCAAAGCUUUAUUUUUCAGAACAAUUAAACCAAACAAUCACACAAUAAGUUUGUGAACCCUUUAUUGAAACUCGACACAAAAUGGCCCGGCAACUUUCCGGAGAAGAGGUGAUCUUCCGUGGACCGCCGGCUUCGGCAUUGAUGCUUACCUUCAUCGUGGCCACAAAACAACUCAAAUCGUUCAACUGAGGAGUUAUCAAACCUACUAUUUACUCUUGUGAUGUCAUUCAAAUCACUGGUACGCCAGAGAUUCCAAAAAUACUUUAAUGUAUAAAUUAAAUCAUUUACACGUUGAGCCUGAAAAAGGCUCCAACUAUCCAAGCGGCGGCAGCACUUUGCACAAAUACCAAAAUGUAUUCAAGUUAAAUCGCCGAUGAACC